AUGUACUCCCCAACGCAACUUAUUGCUUUUACGCUGAUUUUUGCCCAGCUACUGGGCACCAUUUAUUGUGGAGUAUACGAUAAUACGGAUCGCUGGGUCCUCUCGGAUAAGACGCAGAACUUCCCCGAAAACGCAGUGCUAGGCGGCAUCGAUUCAUACGGCUAUGAAAACUACGUGGGGCGCGUCGUUUAUUCAAGCUCGAUUCUGCCAGCCCGUGUAAGGUCCGAAACUGGGUACACUACCUAUAACACCGACACACUCGCUAAUCAGGCGACCUCCUACGAGUUGCUGAUCGCCAAUGAAACCGUCAGCUAUCAUUGGGUGCGCAGUUACGAUGGCUUCAGGGAAAGGAAUGCUGUUUCUGUGGGUACAAGCGCACUGAACGAACGUGUUUACGUCUGCCGCGCCAGAACCGAUGGCGGUAUUUUCAUUGGCACCCUGUAUCUUGCGCAAAAGGUUUGUUUUAUCCGGUACGAGAAUUUCCCUUUGAGACAGAUCAGUAAAUACGAGGUACUGGUCCGACAAGUUUCACCAGCAGCGUGGGCACCAUUCGUCAAUCAAAUCAAUUGAUAAGAUUGCAAAGUUAAAUAGAAACGAACAUUUUAAAAUAGAAAUAUCACAGUUGUUGUCUAUUCAUACUGAGUAUCUCCCGAGUGGGCAUAUUCUUUUGAAAGUGUCUUUUUUAAGGCAGUUUAAUUUGAAUAUUGUCAUUGUAUCCUUAAUGCUACCAUUUCCAUCUGAUGAUAUAUUUUAGUCACAUUGCGUUUACUCCUUAUAAAUAUUUAAAAUGUGUUACAAAUUG